AUGGCUUUAAGAACCAUAGCCCUCGAACUUCAACGAGCCUUCAUAACCGCGAAUGAGAGUUUAAGCAUCGGGUCAGCCUUACAAUUUGGGGAUAUUGUAGCUGUUUUACAUGGAAUUGAAACACCUCAUAUUCCGAGGCCUGUCAACAACUCUAUUGAGACGUAA